CGGUGCCGGUGUCGGUGCCAUGCGGCCCUGGGCGCUGGCGCUGCUGCUCGGAGCUCUCGGGACCGGCGCGGACCCGGCCCCGGCCCGCAACGUGCUGCUGCUCCUGGCCGAUGACGGGGGCUUUGAGAGCGGCGCCUACAACAACUCGGCCAUCCGGACGCCCAACCUGGACGCGCUGGCCCGGCGUGGGGUGGUCUUCCAGAACGCCUUCACCUCCGUCAGCAGCUGCUCCCCGAGCCGGGCCAGCAUCCUGACCGGCUUACCGCAGCACCAGAACGGGAUGUACGGGCUGCACCAGGGCGUGCACCACUUCAACUCCUUCGACGGCGUGCGGAGCCUGCCCCACCUGCUCAGCCAAGGGGGUGUCCGGACAGGGAUAAUUGGGAAGAAGCAUGUUGGGCCAGAGGCUGUGUACCCCUUCGACUUUGCCUACACAGAGGAGAACAGUUCAGUCCUGCAGGUUGGGAGAAACAUCACCCGGAUCAAAGCGCUCGUCCGGCGGUUCCUGCAGAGCCAGGAUGAGAGGCCUUUCUUCCUCUACGUUGCCUUCCAUGACCCCCAUCGCUGCGGGCACUCCCAGCCCCAGUACGGGGCCUUUUGUGAGAAAUUUGGCAACGGAGAGAGUGGGAUGGGCUGGAUCCCUGACUGGAAGCCACAGAUUUACCACCCGGAGCAAGUGCAGGUCCCCCCCUUUGUUCCCGACACGCCGGCUGCCCGGGCGGACCUGGCUGCCCAGUACACGACCAUCGGGCGCAUGGACCAAGGGAUCGGGCUGGUCCUGGAGGAGCUGCGGCGUGCCGGCUUCCACAACAGCACCCUGGUGAUCUACAGCUCCGACAACGGCAUCCCCUUCCCUGGCGGCAGGACCAACCUCUACCGCUCGGGCACCGCCGAGCCGCUGCUCAUCUCCUCCCCAGAGCACCCCCAGCGCUGGGGGCAGGUCAGCCAGGCCUUUGCCACCCUCCUGGAUCUGACGCCCACCAUUUUGGACUGGUUCUCCAUCCCCUACCCCUCCUACAGCAUCUUUGGCACAAAGCAGGUGCAUCUCACUGGAAAGUCUCUCCUGCCAGCACUGGAGUCAGAGCAGUCCUGGGCCACCGCCUUCAGCAGCCAGAGCCACCACGAGGUGACCAUGUACUACCCCAUGCGAGCCAUCCAGCACCGGCAGUUCCGCCUCAUCCACAACCUCAACUACAAGAUGCCCUUUCCCAUCGACCAGGACUUUUACGUCUCGCCCACUUUCCAAGACCUGCUCAACCGCACCAGGGCCGGGCAGCCGACCCACUGGAACAAGACCCUGCACCAGUACUACUACCGGGAGCGCUGGGAGCUCUUCGACUGCAGCCGCGACCCCACCGAGAGCCAGAACCUGGCCCCUGACCCCCGCUACGCCGACGUCCUCCAGCUGCUCCGUGCGCAGCUCCUCAAGUGGCAGUGGGACACGGGGGACCCCUGGGUGUGCGCCCCUGACGCUGUCCUGGAGGAGAAGCUGAGCCCCCAGUGCCGGGCGCUGCACAACGAGCUGUGAGCGGCACCUCUGCCACGUCCCCACUGCUCUGGGACGGUCCCGUCGGGCACCAGGGGUUGGAGCGGGAUCACGGAUGGACCAGUCCCCAAUCCCUGGGUGACACCACAAGGCUCUGCUCUCUAUCACCCACACCACCUGGCCCCAGAGCACUCAGGGACCCUGGUGCCUUUCCUCUCAGCCAGAGGAGCCGUAGGGCCAAGCUGCCCCUUCCUAAAGCCUCUGGAGGACAGGGCUCCAUUUCUCCCUGGAGCUGAGCAUGUCCCUGCAGCAGCCCCCGGCUUGGAGCCAGCAGGACAGCAGGACAAGGGGCUCUGUGGUGCAGCCAGGGGGCCCCCAGCGCUCUGGGAAAUGGGGUGAAGGCUGUGAGGGGCACAGGCAGCCCUGCUGGAGACCCCCAGGCAGGGAGGGAACCAGGGUGUCCCAGCCAGGGGCACGGGGCUGAGCCACAGUUCAGGAGCAGCAGCAGCAAAGGGGACACGGGCACGGCCUGGGGCUGCUCCCAGCAAACAGCAGCUUUAUUCACAGCACUGCUCCCUCCCCCCCUGCACAUCCCCCUCCCCAAAACCACAGCCAGGAGACUCCCCACAGGUUACCAGUCCCCCACAGAAACAGGUUUGCUGUCUUACAA